AUGGAAUCUUCGCUCAACUCUCAGAGCAACCAUCACCAAAUGGAUCCCUCAUCAAACCCCCAAAGCAAAAAGCCUUCAAUGGACACCCCAGACCUAGAGUCAAAACGACAAUCCUCCUCGAGCCCUCAAACCUACACUCAGACUGACUUCGAACGCCUCGGCCGCGAACGCCCUGCUUCAUUUAGCUCCCUUCCCCAUGAGAUAGGUUUCUGCUUCGCUCUCCUCGGCUCCAUGUUCGUCGCCGAAUACAUGAUCUCAGGCUUCAGCAUCCUUCUUCCCCCCCUCGCCUCCGCCUUGUCCAUCCCAUCCAACGCAAAAACAUGGCCAUCAUCCGUAUUCUCCCUUAUAACCGGCGCCUUCCUGCUUCCAUUUGGCCGUCUCGCCGAUAUGUACGGCGGGUACAUCGUUUUCAACGUGGGUCUGGCAUGGUUUAUAAUCUGGUCCGUCAUUGCGGGUUUCUCGCAGAAUUACCAGAUGUUGAUUGCGUGUCGGGCGCUUCAAGGAUUCGGGCCUGCGGCAUUCUUGCCGUCAGGAAUCAUGCUGUUGGGCAGUAUCUACCGGCCUGGACCGAGGAAGAACUUGGUGUUUAGCUUGUAUGGUGCUUUCGCGCCAGUGGGCUUUUUCGCGGGCAUUUUCCUCGCAGGUGUAGCGGCACAGUUCAUCACGUGGCGUUGGUGGUUUUGGAUCGGAUCCAUUAUGCUCGCCAUCGUGGCUUUGACGUCUUACUUCUGUAUUCCGAAGCUAGGGGGACAGACACCGGAGGACUGGGACGCGAAGAAAAAUAUUACCAUGGAUUGGUGGGGCACUGCGACUGUUGUGCCGGGUUUGGUCCUCAUCAUCUUCGCCCUCACUGAUGGAAGCCAUGCGCCAGACGGGUGGGCAACACCAUACAUACCCGUCACCCUUGUCCUCGGCAUCGCCUUUCUCGCGGUGUUUAUCUACAUCGAAGGCUGGGUAGCUGAACAGCCCUUCCUCCCCAGCUCCAUGUUCCGCGUCAAGGGUAUGAAAACAUUAACCGUCGCCCUCUUCCUCUUCUACGGCACAUUUGGAAUUUUCAUCUUCUACGCCAGUUUCUACAUCGAAGAUGUCGUUGGCGCAACCCCGCUACUCACCGCCACCUGGUUCACACCCAUGUGUGUUGGCGGCUUAAUCCUAUCUACUGUCGGUGGACUAAUCCUACAUCUACUACCCGGCCGCGCGCUCUUACUCCUCAGUGGUGCCGCCUUUACCCUCACCCCCCUCCUCUUCGCCAUCUUACCCAACAAAUUCAACUAUUGGGCGUACAUCUUCCCCUCCAUGAUAUGCUCCACCCUAGGUAUCGACAUCACCUACAACGUCAGCAACAUCUUCAUCACCACGUCCUUGCCAAAAGCCCAACAAGGUCUCGCAGGUUCUUUCAUGAACUCUCUGCUUUUCCUCGGCAUAGCCGUGUUUCUGUCGUUGGCGGAUUUGGUUGUUAAGGAGACUGAGCACAGUGGAAAGAAGAAGAGCUACCAGUAUGCGUUUUGGAUGGCUACAGCGCUGGCUGGAGCGGGACUGAUAAUCAUGUUUUUGGGAGUUAAGAUUGGGAAAGCAAAGAGCGAGUUGACGCUUGAAGAGAAGGAGGAUCUGGAGAAGGAGUUGAUCAGGCACGGGUCAGAUUAG